AUGAAGGAUAUAAGUUCCAAAGAUGAAGAGAAAGUAGAAGACAAUUUAACUGUUACUGAUGAAUUAAACGGUAGCAAGGGUAAAGAUCAAACCGAAGGUACACCAUCGGAAUGCAAAGGGCCAAAUUCAAUUCACAUUAUGUCGCAAUCUUCUCCAGAUAUUGACGUCUUGGAGACAAAACUCACUGACAAAGAUGGACGAGAGGGUACUGCUCAAUUACCUGAAGAGGUACAUUUGGAAAAAGAGCCUAUACAUAGUGCCAUUGAAGCGUCAGAAUCAACCAAAGCAACUGAUUUUUCAAGCGUAAAUUUAGAGCCAAUUUAG